CACCUGAAAAGGCGGGGGGCGGGGGCGCCAGCCAACCGCUGCCGCGCGGGCGCCGCCACCGAACGCGCCCCGCCGGACUUGCCCUUGCCCUCCCCGUCCCCCUCCCCGCGCGGCACGCCCGCCCGAGGAGACGCGACGCUCCCCGGGAAUCCAGCCCUUCCCUUCCCUCCCCUAUCUCCUCGCGUUCGCGGCGGGCGCCUCAAAUAGGCGUCGCGUCCCCCGCGCGCUAGAUCAAGGGGGGGCUGUGUCGUCGGGGUUGACUUGGGCGCUGGCUGGCUGCCGGGGCGUGGAUGGGCGGGCCGAGCGACGCGGCCGGCUGGCGGAGGUGGGCGCGGCGGUCGUGCCGGACGGGAGGGGGAGCCGGGGUCGUCAGGCGGACGGUCGCUGCGCCGGCGGGCGGGGCGAGCACGGCGCCGCCGCGGGUGGCGGAAGGUACGUAGUGCUUGCUUCCUCCGUCGGCCGCCUCCUUCCAGCAGUGUAGCGUGUCCUAAGCGCGGAAGCGAGGGGGUUGCCUAAUUUGCUUGUACCGUUGGGUUACUUGCUUGCGCGUUGCUCUGACCAAACAGAAAUUGGGUGAAGAUCAUGCCAAAAGUCGUCCAUCGGAGCAUCUUACCAUUUAUUUUCCAUUUUCCCGAUGCUUUUGUGCUAGCCUGGGGAGCACAAAUAGAGCAUAAACUCACGGGAAAAAAUCAAACAGAACAAUUUGACCGGAAAAUUUGGUCGUGCCAUGUGAUUCAUCUCCUUCUUAGUUCUUUCCUUUAGGGACAACGAACUGCAACACUGUAUUCUUGUCGGGGUUUUUUUUAAUCAACGUGGCCCUGUCACGUAACAUGUUAGAAUGAUUCUUGUGGUGCAAUUUUUAAGGUAAAAUUCUGACUGAUUUAAAGUUGACCCGUUCAUGUUCUCCUUCUGACUUUGCUCAGGGUUUGCUCAUGUGGACAAGCAACGUCGUGUUCAUGGUGUACAAGCAGAUUUCAGAUAUAGCAGUGGAUCCACAGAUCAUCUUUCUUCCGACAUUGGGGAAUUCAAGCACAAGAGCUCCUACGGAGGUUCUGCAAGAUGUUUUCCGUCAGAGAUAAAUGUUACUGAAACAAGCCACGUCCAACCUUUGGUGAUGGAAGAAUGGGAUGGUUUUGAUGCUGCAGGUGCAGUUCUUGUUGAUUCGCAGAAAACUGCUAUUCCAUGGCCAAGAGAGAAUAAAACGUCCAGCAAUAUCGAAUCGUGUCAUGUGAGCAGUAUGGUUUCAGGAUUGCCCAUUCAGCAUAAAUAUUGCCUCAAUAAUCUCACCAGCAGUUUGAAGAAUCCUCCAACUGUAAAGAGUUGCAGUGAUAUGAGUGAUUUCAGCUAUCAACUGGUCAGAAGUGCUGAAAGGUCAGCUUCUACUAAGAUGGGUUUAACCAGUGCAAACAGUUCCCUUUCUGAGAAAAUGUCAUUGCUACAUCAACCACGGUAUGGCGGUAAUCAUCAGAACCAAAAACGUAUCAGUGCUUUGAAUCGAAGACACAAAGUUGUGAAUUCUAGAGGAGCAAACGACCUGCUUAAUACAGAGAAGUUCCAUGACCAGCCUGAUUCAUCAUCGGGAAGACAUUCACAGGUUUUGUUAAAUAAUGCAUUAGUUCGACAAAAGCAACUGUGCUGUUCAGAUCUACUCAAUCAAAAGUUAACUGAAGAAUUAUGGAGCCCUGCGUACAGUGAUUCUGAGAAGAUAGUAUGCUUUUCCUCGGGUGAUAGCAUCGACGAUUUGCAGGUAUCAUCUUCAAGUGACACUAGUGAUAGCUCCAACUUAUCAUCUCUGGGUGUUGUAGCUAAUGACCAGUGGAAGAUGACCUUCAAAAAGGUAUACUGCCCUCAUGCUGCUCGCCUAGACUCUACAUCUGUCAUCUACCGCAAAGAAAUAGGUCAGGCUAGCCCAAUAUCUGUUCUUGAACCUCCAUCUGAAGAUUGCUCUGAUUCUGAAAACAUCAGGCGAGAGCCUGCGGAUCUCUAUGAUCUCCAACUGAGACUUGAACUUGGCACAUUUGCACCAACAGAGACUGCUGCAGAUGCGAGUAGCAUUGGCAGAAUUAGUGACUAUUUAUCCUCUGACGUGGAAUCGAGCAAUGACGGACCCAUGCACCUGGUUGAAGAUAUUCUUGAAGAUUUUGAAGAUGAAGAGGAAAGGGAUUUUUCUUACUUGCUCGAUAUACUGAUUGCUUCUGGCAUUCAUGGGACUGCAGAGGAUCAACUUUACAAGGUGUGUCAGUCACUCGACUGUCCUGCUGGCCAUGAUGUGUUUGAGAAGCUGGAAAACAAGUACACUAAAGUUGUUAAUUGGUCAAGAUCAGAGAGGAAGCUUUUAUUCGAUAUGGUCAACACAGUAUUGUCACAAAUACUAGCGCCAUGCUUGAGCAUGCAACCUUGGGUGAAUACUGCGAGGAACUUGGCUCCACUAUGGGGUUCAGAGGGUCUAUUGGAAAAAGUCUUGCAGGUCUUAGCUCAGAGACAGGAAGAACUUGCACCAAGUGAGACAAAGCCUGAGAAGAAAGGAUUUGAUCAGAAGUGGCUGGAUUUAGCAGAUUGCAUCGACAGGGCAGGAAGGGAUAUUGAGAAAAUGAUAAGAGAUGAUCUUUUGGACGAGCUGGUUCUUGAGCUACUGUCCAGUUAGGUUUCCACGGCCAUAGUAGGCUUACACACUGUAGCAUUUUUGGUCUAGUCGCCGUGCUUCAGAGAGGUAUUAGAAUUUUGUCAAUUGUAUUGGAUUAGUUGAUCUGUAGUCAUAUUCUUUUCUUCCUCGAAAAAGUACAUGUCGAAGCGGAAUUUGUAAGGAUGGGAGUCUUUUCUGUCGAAUUUUGUCAGCUGUGAGAGUUUUAAGUCUGUUGGUGAGGGCAAAUUGUAGUCCCCAGACAUUUGUAUUAUUCUUGAAAGGAAGAAGAAGUGCCGUGUUCUUUUGUUCA